GUGGAGGUGGAGGAAGAGGAGGAGCCCAGCGGAGUCGGUAAAUCCACGAUGAGCCGGCUCUGCUGCAGACAACAAGUGUUCAGAGAGGAAGAGGAGGCCGAGGGAGGAUAAAACCAGCUGUAACACAGAGAGAGGCAGGUUACCACGGCAACUGCAGCAGCAAGGACACACAGGUUCCUGUAGGUUAAAGAGAUGAUGUGCAGAUGAAGGAUGGAACUCAGUCCUACCUCCGACCCUCAUCGAAGAUGUUUGAUGAGUUCUGCGCUGGGCACCAGGACGUCUAUGGACCAUUUGCAUGUAUAGCAUAGGUCCACAGUAGGAGGCACAUUGGAGCAUUUUAAGUGAAGGGCAGACAUGUCCCAGGCCGGUAAAGUCCUCCACCUGUAUGUUGAGGUGAGGUCUGUUGCUGAGGAGGAAGGAAAGGUGCCAGGCAAAGAAGAUGAGACGAGUCAUUUGAUGCUUCAGUGUCCCGAUGUUCUCCCUCACUCUCAGAGGAGCUCUGCCUACUCCAGCCGUAACCCCAGUCCAGAUCUCUCCCCAAUUCAGCAUCACAUGGGGGGUGAGAACCACAGCUUACCCCCCUCAAAGACCUCCUUCAGGCAGUCGGACAACUUCCAGUUCAAGAACGCUCACUCUACAGGGUCUAACACCCAGCUCCACCACAAAGAUGUAUUAUAUGACAGUUUUGGGCAGUUACUUGAAGUCCUUGCACCUGGAAUGAGCACUCCAGGCCACCAUGGCUCACUUGGACACAUCAGUUCCUCUGACAUGGAUCCCUACCAGAGAAGGGUGUUUAUCUCCCCGUCAUCAACAUCCUCUGGGAGGCUGACUGUACCCUCCACACCAGUCAGCAGUCGCAGGUCCUGCGAGGUCCCAGGGGUGGUGGGUGAGGAGGGGAAGAAAUCUGUGGUGUCCUUUAGCUUCAUAGAGAAAGCAAACGUUCACAGCAUGGCUGGCCGCCGAAACUCACUGUGCCAAAAUGAGCCAGACUAUCCUUUUAGGAUGGAGGGGAAGGUGCUGCCCGCUCACCUUCGGAAGAGGCUCAGUGAUCCAGUGUCGUACAACGGUCAUCUGUCACAGGGCGACCCUUUCCUCAGUCACCCCUGCCCGACUCAGAAUAAACCCCCACGAGGCCCGCCUUACCUGCAGAAAGCUAACCUCGAUGCACUUGCCAGAGAUGCCACCUACAGGGCCCUUGAGGAGUUUGGAUCUCCAGAACUUAAGCAUAGAUUUGGAGGUCAUCGUUUGGAGAGUCAGAGUCCCACCCUGCCAAGGCAUUAUCAGCCUCCUCGCUGCCGGUCUUGGGGGGGGUCACCUGUCCUGCCCCGCAGCACCCUCACCCUGCCAUCCAAGACCCAGCUCAUGGAACUCGACAGAGGGCUCUCCCAUUGUUCAGUGAAUGGAUUACCCAGAAGUCCUGCCUCUGACCAUCUGUGUGCCCAUACUGACUACUCAUCCUCAGCAGAUCCAGCCUCAACACUUCACUCCAAUGGCCCAACACCAAGCAAACAGAGGCCAUGGAUAGGCGAUGAGAGCCCCAGACAGUCAAGUAAAUUUCACCCACCAUUACCAGCAGGGAGACCCACGGACAUCCAGCAUGAGGCUCAAACUAAUCUAUUAGCCACCAGCACUUCCUCCAGACCUGGGAACACCCAUCACAGUGCUAAUAGCACCUAUAAUGCUAAUACCACCAACACCAGCCAUAGUUCCACAGAUGGUACACACAGGAGCUCAAGCAAUAAAUUGAAUUUAACCAGCAGGAGUCCCUACAGGUCAUCACGCUGCAGUAGCAGAGCCAGUGAUACUGCGAGUCCUGUCAGUGGCAGGAGAAGCAUCUCCCCAUCCUCAAACGUUGAUGUGGCUUCUAAGUUAGCUUUGGAGGCUACCAAACUCUCCAGCAUUUUUGCAGAGAGACGCAGUCCCUCUCCAGCUCCUCCUCAAGCUGAGUCCUUGCGGUCUGAGAGGCCCAGGACUGAAGGUCCAUUCCUGAAAGAAUCACAACCAUACACUGCUCUUCAUGGACGGAGCUCCCCAGAGCUUUUGCAGGUGGACAACCGGAACCACAGCUGGAAUACGGACAAACCAGGACCUCAUACUAAACCGGGACGUAUCUCUCCCAUCUCCUCACAGAAAGGCCUCUCCUCACCAGCAUCUCCAGCCAUGCCUGCUAGGUUGCACCGUGCAACUGCUUCUCAGUCACCUGAACUGGACCCACGGCAGAAACGGAGCUCCUCACCCAGUAAGGAGAUAUCCUCCCUGCAUCGCUAUCAGCCGCCACAGUACACUGGCGGUCGCAAAUCACCUGCCAUGGAGCAGCGGCAUUAUGAUCACCUAUUUGACAGAUCACCCAGGGAUAGCCCUGAACUCACCAGGAAGCCUAUCUCCAGACCAAAUGUUGAAGCUCUGCCUGCGAGCUGGACCUCCAGGCAGCAGGAGUCGAGGGAGAGUGUUUCGGUUCAGGACAGGAGUGAACUCAAAGAAAACUGCAGUCAGUCAUCCUCCAGAGUUUACAUUUCAAGCAAAGAGGAGUGUCAUAAAAAGGAUGGAGGCGAUAAAGGAGCGAAGACAUCGGUGCAGGAGCGCCAGUGGUUGGGUGUGGGCAUGACCAAGGAUAAGAGAGAGGAGGUUCAUGACCACAGCGGGGGCGCUGGGUCGUCCUCUCAGAGCUCCAGUGGAGUGACGGGCAGCCUGAGGGACAGUCUGUCUCCUGAAACCUCGAGCCAGUCGAGCCACGAUACGGCAGAUGGUGGCUCUGGGAUGCAGUCAGACAUCGGUUCAGCAACAACUCUGUCCUCCAGAUCACAGAAGAUCGCCCAGGCCAAGUGGGAGUUCCUGUUUGGAAGCCAGAACAGGCGCUGCAGCAAAGACGCUCCGCCCACGACGCCUCCGACCAGCAGCUCGCCCAGUCCCACCCCACCCUCUUCUCUUUAUCUGAAACAAGCCAAUCAGAGGAGGGGGCGGGACAGUGAGGGACAAAAGCUGUCACAUCACGAAGUCCAGCAAAUUGAGGUGGAACUGGUGACCGCUGACUCUCGAGGCUCCACCCCCAAGACGGGCAUCAUCCGGCGAACCCUCAAGUACUCUGAGACGGACCUGGACGCCGUGCCGCUGCGCUGCUACCGUGAGACCGACCUGGACGAGGUAAUGCGGGCGGAGGCAGCCGAGGAGGCGGACUCGGCCUUCGGGAGUAACCGCAGCAUCCUGGGAAACUCCAGAUUCAGCCCCGCCGACCCCUCCCUGAAACCUCACGCGUGUGGCGGGAAUGAGGUUGAUGGGGAGGACGAAGAAGACGAGGAAGACGAGGAAGAAGGAGGAGUGGUGAGCUGGGCCAGCGUCAGGAUGCAGGGAGACCGACAGAGACAGAGAGCCGCGAAGGAGGAAGACGAGGUGUUCAGCCUGCUGCUGAAGGGGUCAUUGGAGGCGUCCUCCGACACCCACGGUGGCCUCAAGUCUCCGAUCUCCAUCGGCAGCCCCCGCCGACCCUCCGACAGCAACCUGGACUCCUUCAGCCGCCAUUUUGAAAGCAUCAUGGAGUCCCAUCGGGCCAAAGGUACCUCGUACAGCAGCCUGGACAGCGUGGACCUGCUGACCUCAGGAUCCACAUCUGUGUUCACCUUCGACCUGCCCACCCUCACCCCGGAGAUCCAGAGUCAGAUCUGUGAGAGCGCCAAGCAGAUCAUCGAGCUCAGUUUUGCCCCGCUGGCCCGUCCGGACCCGUCCACCUCCUCAGAGACGUCUCGCUCUGAACUUGCCCUCAGUGCCUCGGGGGCGGGGCUCCGAGGAGGCUCCAAGGACGACUCCGGCCCUCCGGUCAGGUCCAAGUCAGAGAAAGAGUCGUGGCGUCGCUCCAUCCUCAAGGACGGCUUCAGGAAGGCGAGCUCGACGCCGGCGCUCCACAGCAGCCCCAGGGAGCGUCCGGCGAAUCGACCACCCGAGCUGCUGUACCCUCAGGCCGACGUGGCGGAGCGUCUGGCGCUCGGCGGCAGCGACGACGCGCUGGCCAACGGCAUGAAGCCCGACCUGCAGGCAGCCAAACGUCUCGCCAAACGCCUCUACAACCUGGAGGGCUUCAGGAAGUCUGACGUCGCUCGACACCUCAGCAAGAAUAACGAGUUCAGUCAGAUGGUGGCCGAGGAAUAUCUCACCAACUUUGACUUCACGGGUCAGACCAUCGACCAGGCGCUCAGGAUGUUUCUGAGGCAGUUUGCUCUGAUGGGGGAAACUCAGGAGAGAGAGAGAGUCCUCGCUCAUUUCUCCAGGAGGUUCAGACAGUGCAACCCCGAGAGUCUGGCCAGCGAAGACAGCAUCCACACCCUGACCUGCGCCGUCAUGUUGCUGAACACGGACCUGCACGGAAACAACGUGGGGAAGAGGAUGUCCUCCAGCCAGUUCAUCUCUAACCUGGAAGGACUCAACAACGGAAAAGAUUUUCCCAAGGAUCUGCUUAAGACGCUGUACAGCUCCAUCAAGAACGAGAAGCUGCAGUGGACCAUUGAUGAAGAGGAGCUGAGGAAGUCCAUGUCAGAGCUGGCGGACGUUCGAACAGACUCCGCCUCCCACACCAUGAAACGGCUCGGGAGUGGUGGAAAUCCACUAGUGGGCGUGGCCCAGCAGGCUGACGGCGAGCUUUACAAGAGUGGCUUCCUGGUCCGCAAAGUCCACGCCGACCCUGACGGGAAGAGAACGCCGCGGGGGAAGAGGGGGUGGAAGUCUUUCUACGCCAUGCUGAAGGGUAUGGUGCUCUACCUGCAGAAGGAUGAAUAUCGAGCUGAGAAGGAGCUGACGGAGGACGACGUGAAGAACGCCGUGUCCAUCCAUCACUCUCUGGCCAUGAGGGCUGCCGAUUACAGCAAGAGGCCCAACGUGUUCUACCUGAGGACCGCCGACUGGAGGGUCUUCCUGUUCCAGGCCCCGAAUGCAGAGCAGAUGCAGUCGUGGAUCACGCGCAUCAACGUGGUGGCGGCCAUGUUUUCGGCUCCCCCGUUCCCGGCGGCGAUCGGCUCCCAGAAGAAGUUCAGCCGUCCUCUGCUGCCGGGAUCCAACACCAAACUGUCGCAGGACGAGCAGGUCAAAUCUCACGAGAACCGGUUCAGGGCAGUGUCCUCGGAGCUGGCCGACCUCACGGCCUCCACUCCCGACCGAAAGGUGAAAGGCCGCGAGCUGGAGGAGCAGAAAUUCCGACAGGAGUACCUGGAGUUUGAGAAAACCCGGUAUGGUACGUACGCCAUGCUGCUUCGAGCCAAGCUGUCGAGUGGCGACGAGGACCUGUCGGCUUUCGAGUCUCGGCUGUUUGAUGACGGCGGCCUGCAGAGGGCGCACUCCAGCCCCUCGCUGCCUCAGGACGCCGCCAACAAGGAAAAGACCCGCGGGACCAAGACGUCAAAAAGCUUAAAGGUCACAUCCUCCUCGUCCUCGACCUCCAAGACCGGCGGCAGCACCAGGGAAGCGAGCAAGAAGAAGAACGGCGGCGGGACAAGCCAGCGGCCGGAGCUGCAGGAACAGGCCAGCAAACAGGAAGAGGCGCCAUAACAGGGCGAGAACGGGGUCAUAAGAAUCAUGUAGCUGGAGACGGGCGCGGGGCAUCAUGAGUAGCAGGCUGACAUCCUCCUUUAAACCUUUUCUGUUAACCUCAGUCACUUCCUGAUCGGCUGAGGGGACUUUCCUCCGGCGCCGAGACGUCUGCGGGAGAGGAGACGCCGGUCAGGAAUGAGGGUGGCCCGACGGACGAGUCGUCCGGGAAACACUAACGGUUCAUCACUCAGCUGUCACUUUAUUUCCAUCAGCCUCAGCAGGAACAGACAGCUGGAGACUUUCAGAAUAAAAGCUUUACUUCCUGUUGGGGCGCGAACGUGAGGAGCCUCCAGCUGCAGCGGGAACUUCUUAUUUUUGUCCCUGACCUCCUGCUUCGCCGCCGCCGCUCUGCUUCUCCCAUUAACCCACGGGGGAGCCGGUUGCCAUGCCAACCGUAUGUGACGGACAUCGUGCGUGGGACUGUUUCCGUGGCAACCGAGCAAAGGGGAUGAGAGGGGCGGGAGAGACAAACAACAAACAAACAAACAAACAAACAGAGCAAGGCCACACAGGAGCGCCGUACCUCCUUUUCCUCUGCACUUCACUGUGUGUGUGUGUGUGUGUGUGUGUGUGUGUGUGUGUGUGUGUGUGUGUGUGUGUGUGUGUGUGUGUGUACACUGUAAUCACAGUAGUACUGCAUCGAUGUGUAUUUACAACCUGAACAUGCUGGAUGGUUUUUCUCACUGACUUCUGGUGGAAACAAACAGGCUGUACGGAAGAUCAUUAGUGACCAAAAACUGCUGAGUGAACAAAAUGAAACAGAAAUUCGUUAGUUGAGUCUACAGGUUAAGUACGGAGCUAGAUGUCAUAUUUAUUGGUAUUUUCUAAGUUUUUAUUUGUUGCUGUUUGUACUGCUUUAUGUAACUAAAAAUUCCAGCUUGCUUUAAAAUCCUCCAAUGAAAACUCUCGACACACUUUUCCUUUAUCACCAAAAAUUUUUUUUUUUUAUGACGCAAAUGAAAUUAUGAGGAAAAAACUUUAAGUUUCCUAAAUUUACAUUUAGCAAAAUAUAAAAUGUGUUUAUUGGUGCGCGUGUGUGGAAAAUAUUUGUUUCUUUUUAGAGAAAGUUUGGUUUCACUCUGUGGUUUUGUCGUUAAUGGGUUUCCGUAGGUUUCUGUCUGUGCUGGAAGCUGAAUUUUGUUUGAGUCCGUCCUCUUUAUCAUCACCUUCCUCCAGAUGACUGAGGAUGGUUUUCUUCUUCGUGUAAAUCUCAUUUAAGAUAUUUGUAAAGCUCUUUGGACAAAACACAGGUGAAAGGUGGCUUCUGGAGAUGAGGAGCUGUAAGUUUUAAUCAUGUAAAUCUUUUCUUGUAAUUGAAGCCCAGGAAAAACCACCUGACGGUUUUCUGUGCGCGCUGAUCUUCAGCCUGCAGUUUCCUCUUUCAGCCACCUGGGGUCACCAGAGUGCCGUAAGCUUCCACCUCCACGUCCUUCACAAACACUGCUGGAGUUCACUGCUCUCCAUGUGAUAAAGCAGCAGCUUCUCUCAUCUGAGAUCUGCAGUCCUUGUAAUUGUUGCAGCUCAGAGUUUAUUCUGAAGAUCUGAAACACGCCAAAAACUCAGAAUCCAACAGUGGAAAGAAAGUCCUGAAUCAGAGCGCUGAUAGAUGUGCGUCCAAACGGAGUGAUUUAGUUUGUUUACAUCCAGGUCCUGAGAUUAUUAUAAAAUUAUAUUCUAUUUAAUUAAUGAACCCCCCCCUCAGCCCAUUAAGACCCCAGGGUCCCCUAAAAACAGCAUGUGAUUGGGCUUUUUGGUAAAGUAAUGAUAAAUGUGACCUUAAAAUAUUGAGAAAUGCUCACCUGAUCCUAAUAAGUUAAUAGGUGUAUAUGUCAGUAAUGAAGCUGUAUUAAGCACAGUAGCUUUCAUUUUUGAUGCUGCUCCUCACACUGAGUGAAAACCUGAACAGGUGGAGCUUCAUGUCUCUGGCAUGCAUCCAGAAAUAAAAUGUAAUGAUGGGAAGUGGCCUCCAGGUGGCAGCAGAGGAACGCUGUUCUCCACCCCGGUGGUGUUUCAGAACACUUUUCCUGGACUCUGACUCUGGUGUGAACUCUUCGUAUUCUGUCUGUGUCGGUCACUAAAUGCUGGAAGCUGUGCAGCCCCAGACGACAGUCUGUGAGGGAAACUCGAAGCUGAAGGUUGGAAACUUUGGUGCUGUGGAAAAACAGGAAGCAGCAGAAAUCCUGUGAAAAGUUCUCUGCUUGAAAUAUCGUAAGGAAUCAAUCCUCGUACAGGUGAUUCCCGCCAAACGGGAAGCGCUGAGGGACAAACUCAGCUGCAGGGGGAACAUUUCAAAGGUACUGAAGGGACCGCAGACCAAACUGAAAUCACUGUGUGACCCGAAAAUGAAGGAAUUUUGUCCUUUUAACACGUUUCUGUGUGUUGGAAACAGGAAGAAAUUUCAACAUCACCGAGCAGGUGAAUCUGUCCCUGCUCCACAGCCAGGACCAAGUUUUACUCCAACCAUCCACAUCCAGAGCACCCGGUACAAACCUGCAUCCUCUCUGCUGUCCAGCAGGGUUGGAUCGAAGCGCUCCCGUUGGACUCUUUCAGGACUGUUUGUAGCAGCAGCAGCGCCUCUUUCAGUGAAGCGGUCACUUUAAAUGUAAAAGCUGUGAUUGGUCCAUAUCAGGACCACAGACUGUAUUAAAAAGAUGGACACAGCCCAAACGUUAGGGUUUGGGGGGACUGAGUCACUUUUAGAGCCUCAAGUGGACUUUAGAGGAACUGCAGCUUCUGCCACAUCAUUAUUCAGCUUGUUUGGGACCUCCCGUCUUCUUCUGGACCUUCUGGUGUCAUCAGUGUGAUUUCUGACCACAGUUCCUCUGGUACCUUUGAAAUGACUUGUGCUGAUUUCUGAGUGUGUGACCAUCGCGGUGCAGGACUGAAGAACCAGAAUCAGUUUUAAAAUCCAUCCUUCAGCUUCUUCUCUUCAUCUGCACCAUGAACACACUGACAGCUGCAGGAAUCAUUUUUCCAUAUUUGAUGCAACAUAAUUGUUCUGGCCUCAGAGGUCUUUUGGAUUAAUGAAAGCAUGAAGAGCUGCACGAGGAGGAGGGUGAACAAAGCCCUCAGGUCUUCUUUGGUUGAGGUUCAGGAAAUUAUUUUUGGUUCAGUGUAAAUAAAACCGAUGUGGACUUUAAAAGACUCCUUCCUGAACCUGGACCAGGAGCUGCACAGGUGCAUGAAGGUGUGUGACGAUGAAUGCUGGACUGCAGGACUUUGGUCCGUGGAUGCAUUCCUGACGCGUUGCUGUGGGUCUUCGGCCGUGUGGCAAAGUCGAUGCUUCUGCUCCGGUGGCUGGUUUUUCCCGUUUCUCCUCCCGCUGUGCCGGGUCCUAUUUACUCCCUCACAUAUCCUGUAACACUUUGUGUAUUUUCGCACUGUGCAAUGUAAAGCAGCAUAGGAUGACUUUGUGUAAGCAUCGCGGCCGCUUUCAGCUCUUUGUCUGUGUCCAAACCCUGUAAAUAAAUGUGUGUGUUAACCUCGAGAAGCCAUAUCGUAGUUGGGCUGGACGCCUAGCUAGCGCUCGCUGCGUUUUAGAGCACUUUGGUUUAGAUACUUUAGAGUGACGCAGAUGUUGAGCCUCCUCAGAGAGGCGGCAUCAACAGGUUAAUUUAUUCUGCUCGUCUCCUCAAGGACGACAAACUAGUUCCUGUGAAAACUUGUUUUGUUUUUCGGCUUUGCUGCGGCCUGAAUGUUCGCCGCCGGCUCGCCGAUCGGUAUCUGUACAUACGCUGUCACUUCCUGUGAGGUUUGGUAGUAGUGAAACGCAAACAUGUUUGUAUCAUCGCGGAGGCUUAGAGGCACAAAU